CCGUUCAAUCGUAGUUAGCGCAAAAUUUGCAUGCUGUGGCUUCAAUGAACAACACUUUGCAAAAAUGACGGAAGAAGAUGACCAAGGAUAUCGCUGGGAGACUGAAUAUGAAAAGACCUGGGAAGUGCUGCAAGAAGAUGCAGAGGGCUCCCUUCAGGCUAGCAUUGAUGAGCUCGUUCACAAGGCGAAGCGGAGAAAACAGUUGGAGAAGAUCACCAAUGUCCGACUGGGAAUGAUGCGUCACAUGUUUAUUAUCAUCGACAUGUCUUCAGCUAUGGAUGAUCAAGACCUUAAGCCAUCAAGACUAGUCUGCUCCUUAAAGUUAUUGGAGCAUUUUAUAGAGGAGUAUUUCGACCAGAACCCUAUCAGUCAACUGGGGAUAAUUGUAACCAAGAACAAGAGGGCGGAGAAAAUCACCGAGUUAGGAGGUAACCCCCGGCGCCACAUCAAUGCUGUACAGAAGUUAAAAGAGCGGGCUUGUCAGGGAGAACCUUCACUCCAGAAUUCCCUUGAACUCGCCAUGCAGACUCUAAGACAUAUGCCUGGCCAUGCUAGCCGAGAGGUUGUGUGUAUAUUUGGUAGCCUGACCACGUGUGAUCCAGGAGACAUACUGGAAACCAUCAAGUUGGUGGGAGAAAGCAAUAUCCGUUGUUCUAUGAUUGGAUUAUCUGCCGAAGUCCGGGUCUGCAGGAAGUUGUGUUCAGACACAAAUGGUCGUUACACUGUGAUAUUGGAUGAGAGCCACUUUAAAGAUCUUUUAAAUCAGCACACCAGUCCACCCCCUGCCAUGAUGAACACCGAGUCUUCCCUGAUCCGAAUGGGCUUCCCCCAUCAGCAGCUAGGUAGUGAUAAGGACAAGCCUGCCAUGUGUAUGUGUCACCUGGACAGUAAGACUGUGGAGGGGUUCAGCACGACGGGCUACUUCUGUCCCCAAUGUAAGAGCAAGUACUGCGAGCUUCCCAUCGAGUGCAAGGCCUGUGGUUUGACGCUCGUGUCGGCCCCUCAUCUAGCAAGAUCCUACCACCACCUGUUCCCACUUGAUCAAUCAAAGGAGGUCCCGGUCACAGAUUUUGACCCGGGCUUCAAUAUAUACUGUUAUGCUUGUCAAGGCCAGAUUUCGGAACAGUCUGUGUAUCGAUGUGUGAAAUGUAAGAACCUGUUCUGUAUCGACUGUGACAUCUUCAUCCACGACACCCUCCAUUCCUGUCCUGGCUGUGCAAGCUCCCGAAACACUCAGACUGCAGAAGCUGUCUUUACUUGAAUGCAAACUCCCGCAAUACCUAGACUGCAGAAGCCAUCUUAACUUGACUGUUACAAGCUCAAUCAAGAUUUGAACUGCACAAUUUCAUUGGGCAGCAUAUGACAAUCUACAGUUGAAUUGUUCCAUGUGCAUCCAUCAAGAUCGGGCACUGUCUACAGUUGAACUGUUCUAUUUGCCUCCAUCAAGAUCAGACACUGUCUACAGUUGAACUAUGUGCCUCAAGUAAUAUUUAAACUUGGAUGGCAGUCUCCACUUUAUUCAAGUUGCCAAAGUCCACUGAAUAUGGAUAUAUGUACAUCUGUAACAGGUUUGUAAAGAGUUCAAUCAGAUCACACACCCUGUAUAUUGAAAUCUUACUGUUGUUACCAAGGUAUCUCAUCAACCUGUGCCACCCAUAAAAAUGGACAUCAUAAUUACUGGUUAGUAGGUUGCUGCUGGGUAUGAGUAAUGAGUGUUGUUUUUUAGAUACAUGUAACUAACAUUAUCAUUAUUUAGUUUGCCAUGUUCUAUAUGGCAUGGGCAACUGUUGUGAUCUGCCUUUGUCUGAAAAUGAAAAAAGGUCUGUGAAGCAUAAACAUUAGUACUAGAAUUGAUUUAUUGCAUUAAGCCAUACAUGUUUAAAGCUUGUUUGAUUUACAAAGAAAAUAUGAAUAUUUUAUCAUAGACAUUGGGUCGUCAGCUUUGACGUUUAGAACCUCGAACCUUGGCCGUAAAUAAAAAUGCAUCCAAGAUAAUCAAAUGACUCAUGUGCAUAUGUUGCUAGUUGCAGAACACCCCUGACCGAAAAACACAGACCAGCGUGGGCAUUUUUUCCACAGCACUUAUAAUAUAUUUUAUUCCAGUGGUAGAAAUCUUGUAAGCAAAUGUGUUAGCUUUGCAUUGAAAAAGGGUCAAGACUUUCGUUGCCAUGGUCUUUGGGUCGCUCUUGUAGAUAUUGUUUUUUAUCCUCUUUAAAAAUAGGGCAUAAAUUAAAAAAAAUCAAGGUACCGUAAAUGACUGGGUAUUAGACGCACUUUUUUUCCAAUAUAAGGUUUUUGCAUUACUUAACUUUUCAUUCUCGACAGGUUAUCGUUUACGAUAUACUGUCAGAAAGAAAUCUUACAAAGUGUCUUAAAAGUUACUUUUCAGUGCCAUCCAGAAACGAAUUGUCACACUCAGUACUUUUCAGUGCCUAUCCUAACAUGAAACGAAUAAAAAUGAAACAUAUUUUGCAUUAUCAUUGUAUGGUUUUAAAGAUAACCAUCGCCAUUUUCACGAAAACAAUUUAUUUUCAUCACUGUCAACAAACAUGGUGGCCGAAAUUGGCAGACGAUUUUUACAUUUUUUCUAUGCGUCCUUUAACACAAAACAUAGAUUAAAAGUUUUUUCCUCAGUUUUUUCACGGAUUAUUUUGCCUGCGUCUAAUACUCCCUAUCGUCUUAUACCCAGUCAUUUACGGUACUCAAAUGAAACUUGGUACACAUGUUGCCAGAGGUAAUGUAUACCUUUAUAGUAAGGCCUAUCUUUCUGGCUUUUAUAAUUGUUGUCCCCUUGUUGGACUGAAAGAACUUCAACUGAGUGUUAUGGUUUUCUCCACAGCACCUUAUCUUUCCUUUUUGUUGUUUUUUGUUGUAAAAAGGGUUAUAUAUAAAAGCCUUAUUUCAUUGUGAAUGAAAAUUCCAUGUCAUACUCCUUGCUUUCCUCACCUUUCUUUUGGAGAAAUGAUCAACUUUAAAACUGUGUAAGUUGCCAGGGACAGCCUUAGUUAUCUUUAAUGGUUGAUGUGUGAACUAUGGGUGUUGUUUUUUCAUGUUGCAUUGAGAUCUGUUGAAUGGUUAACAAGUGGUUCCUUCUUAGCAGCUUCAAAACCUUGUCAUUAGUGGCUGAAGGAUUGAAGUGGACAGAGUUAUUGUUAAGUUUUGCUAUUAAUUGUCAUUUUUUCUUCAAAAGAGGUUUAUCGUCCAAGGGACAAUAAUGCUCACAACUGAAGUUUUGUAGAAACUGUUUACCUUAGAUCCAAACUGAAAUAAGUAAAAAAGUUAAUUCAGAAGUCAAAGUUUGACCUUCCUGCAGCUUCUUUUGCAGUCUUGGAUUCAUUUGUUGCAUAAUGUCAUGAUCAUAUGUUUUCGCCUUGGCUUCACUGUAACCGGACACAGUCAGCUCCUUUGGGUAAAGAAACCGUAUAUUCCUUUGCCCGCAUUUUUUAUCCAAAAGAGACCAUGUUGAUGAAUUUAUUACACAAAAUAACAUUGUAAAUUAUAUAUUGCCAUGACGGCACAUUCCGAAACUACUACAGUUUCCAAAAUAAUGACAAUUUUAAAUUGUACAGAUUUGUUACAUAAUGCCUCAUACUUGAAUAGACUUAUGGCUUUAUUUAUCUUCAUUUGUAAUUGAACAUGCCAUAAUAUUUUCUGCUAAAGUGUUUGUUUCUGAUGUAUGAAGGAAGAAUUUGGAUACCUCAGUAUUACAAAUACAGUUUACUUCUGAUAUAUAACAAAUGAAUAUUAAAUACUGAAAGAUUUUUCCCACUUAUGAACUUUUAACUUAUUUUUGCGAUUAACAGUUUCUGUCUUUUACAUGGAAGUUUUUUGCUGAAGUGGGUUUUGUUACAGAGUUAUUUUUUUGUCUUAACAAAUAUGAUCAGGUAUCGUCUAUAUGCAGUUUACGCAUUCAGCCUAUAUCUUAAGAGUGAAAAUUGAAUCUGCCAUUAGUCCGUUUGAUUGUUCUUAACAAGGUUGACAACGGUAAUGGUCACAUCUUUAACAUGAAUAUGUGAAAGUUGCAAACAAACAUAUUAGUUGAGCAUCAUUUGAAUGAGCUUUUUAAGUGGAAAAGAAAAUGGUAACAAAAACAUAUUAGAAAGCACACAGUACAAAUUUUAUUAAGAAAACAAGUCAUUGACAAUAAUAUACAGAACAAUUUAUGGUCAUGCUAUGUUUUAAUAACCUAUUUGAACAUUUUAAAAUGUCAAGAAAACAGAUCAGAUCCAAAUAAUUAUUUUAAAAAGAGGAAACCAAACAAAAUAGUAAUAUUACCAUCACACUAUACAUAUAUUCAGUUAUUCAUGAAUCAGAUCAAAUGCAAAAAAAGUGUUCAAGCUUUGAGUACAAAAAAAAGACGAGAAAAACUGCUACAACGAGGAAAAUUGUCAUCCCUGCAGAUACAAUGCAAAAUGUGUGUCCUACUGCACCCUACUUGGCACAAAGCCAGUAUAUUGUCCAUAUUGAUCCAGUAAGGUUUCCCGGAUCCUCCAGACACAGAAUGAGGGAAUAACCCUUCCAUUACCAGCCCCCAAAUAUCCGUGGGUCCAUAAAAUAAACUGCCUGUAGGCCUGGUGGCGGUUGGAUCUCCGCAGGUCUUCCUCCUCAUUGAAAACGAGGAUGUCUUGCCUCAUUAAACGGGCAGGGGCCAAAUUCCCCUCAUUCAUUACAAGGAGGUCAAAGUCCUUAAAGAGGAAAGGUAUAUCAUAAGUCAGUGGCAUUCAUCACAGAUACUUAGGCUAAGAUUUGAAAUAAGAAAUAUCCAGGGACAGAUUAUUAUCAGCCAUACUUAACUUGGUACCAAUUUUCAAGUAGUACUCAGCAAAACUUAGUACUCACCCUAGCAAGAGUACUUGUACUUUUACUUACUUAGUAUAAAGACAAAGGCAAUGCCAGGAUUAAAUACCUAACAACUGUUGAUACGAGAACACUGCCCAUAUUUCACACCUGCCCACAAUUCAAUAUAGCAGUAUUUAAUAAUGAAAAACAUAAGUAUAAAUGAAGCUUCAAAAAGUUAACCAAUGUCUACAUUUCUUUACAAUUAGUUACACUUAUGUCUUAGAUCUAUGUUGAAUUUCAGUUUCAUAAAGAUUCUUACAGCAGAAUGAGAAAGGCAAGCUUCCCGGCCAAACAAACUCUUUCGCUGUGUUGGCAUGUCCCGGCAGUUUCUGCACACACACCAGCUUGGAAUUAUAUUCCCUUCCUUGGGUUGAAGCCCAGCACCUCUGGGUGGGUUACCUUCAGGGGCUGGGGCUGCUAAAACAAGCAGCAUGAGCCCUGGCUCCAUCUCAAAGGCCCUGGUAAUUGCUGCCUGCAUUUGUGGCUUGGUAAGCUUGCUCACCUGUUUCUACAGGUAACUUAAUAAUAUCACAAUUAAAAUUUGCAGCUGUAAAAUAGCGACUGGCUGACUAGCAAUUUUGCUCAGCUUUUUUACAUUUAUUCCAAAAUAAUGCUAACAUGUUCAUAUUUCAAUCGCAAAUAUGGAAAAUACUUGAAAACAAUAAACACCAAACAAAUACAUUUUUUUUGAACAGCCAGAAGGUUGUUCCACAAGUGCAACAUUACUGGAGAAAUUAAUCCCAAUUCCUGUAUUAUUUGCUCAAAAACAACGGUGUUUUUACCUUUUUCACUGCUGUCUAGGCUUGGGAUAUCCGCUAAUGGCUCCUCCGUCCUCCACCUCUUGACCCCUCGACCUCUUCCCGGCAUGGUGAAUGUAGAUAGGGCUGGAUUUAGUUGGAUCUUAAAUGUGUCUAAGAAUUUUCCAAGAGUUAUCGGCCUGUUACUUAAGCAUUCGUCACGAGAAAGACAGAGAUCGCGAUGCGCAUGCACGAUAUUCGCGCGUGAACAACUGAAGCGUACCGAACAGCUUAGUGACCACGGCGUCCUUAGUAGCAUGCGGCUACCUGCUAUUUCGGUAAAAAUAAAUAUAAUUAUUUAUAUCCAGAAAUAAUUAUUUAUUAUUCCAAAAUAAUGCUAACAUGUUCAUAUUUCAAUCGCAAAUAUGGAAUAUACUUGAAAACAAUAAACACCAAACAAAUACAUUUUUUUUUAACAGCCAGGAGGUUGUUCCACAAGUACUGUGAUGAAUUAUUAUUAUAAAUUAAAAAUAACAUACCUUCAUCCCUUCUUUCUGCUUUGCUAAAACUUUCUCGCUGAUGUUUCCGAGCGCUGGUGUUUUGGACCGGCGAGUUCUAGUAGCUGGUCUUUUUCCUUUGUAGGCAGCUCUUCUAGCACUAAACAAUAAAUAACAGACUGUGUGAUACCUGGAUUUAUCAUCUGAUAAUAACCCCGAUAUCAACAUAAUCCGGUAUAGGAAAGUGAUACCGGGUACCGGGGGAUACCAGGUACUAGAUACGGGGAUUUUAGCACCACCCUGCAUAUCCGAUGAAGGUUUUUCAUUGGCUUAAACUUUUUCAGAGAUAAUGACACCAACAUUUUUACAGCUAUUGCGAUGUCCUCUGCUUUUAAUAGUCUGAAUUUUUAUUUUUGAAGAAAAUGGGAAAGUAAGAUAGAAACUUUACAAAAUUAUAAAAAUUGGUUAUAUUUCAUUGACUAAGUAUAUUGUUUUGUGAUAAAGAUCACAUACAGUGUCAAUGCGAUAUGCUGUGAAUAUAAUAUCAAAAGGCAUUAUUGUCGAUAACAUUUACACAUAAUUCAUUCAUUAUUCAAAUUAUGCAGUGUAACACAUGUGGUGUUUCAAAUGUCUAUUGUUCAUUUAAAAAAUUCUGGUGUCAUCAGCUUAAUAGCAAAUUCUUAUCUUUCAUAUAUGCUCAUGUUGAGGACACAACAAUGUCACAGCAUGUGAAAUCUCUCAAAACAUUUGUGAUAAACACCAACAUCACAUUUGAAGCAGACCGUUCUACUUUUCUUUCCGUACAGCACACAAUGCCUUUGGGAAAAGGCCCUUGCAAAGUGAUUCAGGCUGUCGUUCAACACAGCAUCCAGCACUCGCUUUGUGAUUGCACUUGGUCGUCUCUUUGGUCGUCCGGGUGUACGCAACCUUCCAUUUGGUGCGAGGAAAACCUUUACAAUUCUCUUCGAAUACCCAAAAGAUCAUGUGGUGCAUUCUUUCCAACUUUGGUGGCUCUGUUUAUGUGCCAGAUCUGCUGUACAGCCAAAUUGAUACAGUAAAUAAACACAGGCCACCACCAUUUCUUUGAGCGUAUCCCAGUCCUCUACAGCUCAAUGUUUUCAUCAAUCCUGGCGACUCCACCCAUUGUUCUGUUGUAGUGUUUGAUGGGAAACGGCUAUGUUACUCUAAUUCUCUCAUGGGUAGUUCUGGACCAUCUACUUGCUGUCUGUACUGGGUAGUUCUGGACCAUCUACUUGCUGUCUGUACUGGGUAGUUCUGGACCAUCUUCUUGCUGCCUGUACUGGGUAGUUCUGGACCAUCUACUUGCUGCCUGUACUGGGUAGUUCUGGACCAUCUAUUUGCUGCCUGUACUGGGUAGUUCUGGACCAUCUACUUGCUGCCUGUACUGGGUAGUUCUGGACCAUCUACUUGCUGCCUGUACUGGGUAGUUCUGGACCAUCUACUUGCUGCCUGUACUGGUUUAAUGCCAUGUUGGCUUGAGACAUUUACAAUGUUGUUGUCAUCCCAUCAUACUGUAACAGGAACUUUUUCUAAGUUAAUAAAUAUAACACAACACCUAUUUAUUCCUAGGUUCUUCUUUAAUCAUAUGCUUAAUAAACAACAGAAACACUCAGCUCAACUUUAUAAGUUUUACACACAUAUAUGAAAUUAACAGAAUCUAAAUGUGGAACAGAAACACUAGGUAACACAUACCUUUCUUUGCUGUUUACUGGACCCAGAAUACCAGAAAACCCAGCCUGAUAUACCCCAAAAUGACCAAUGAGCAUGCGAUUUUCAUGGAAUAAAACUAUAUUAUAAAGAGGGUCCUAUCAAAAUAAGAGACGUCUGCAAAAGAUUUAAAAUAAAGCUUAUUGUUUUAUAUAGUAGAUAAACUCUGACAGUAUAACUAAUAUUACAUAGAACGACCCUUAUGCAGUUUAAUGAAGCGAUAAGUUUCCCUCCAAAACGAUCCUCAUGCAAUAGUAUAAAAUAACCAAACAAGGCGGUCUAUUAUAUACUGUUUAUCAUUAAAACAGCCUUUAACAAUAUAUACUUCUGAUGAAAUAACACAUUCCUAAUAUAAAAGUAUACUGCUCAACCGAGAAAACGACAUAUGUUUAUUAUAAGAACAAAACAUAAAAUAAUUAUAUGGAAAAUAUCAUUCCUGUUACACUCCAACCAUCUUACACAAAAGAGUAAAAUUAUAUAAUUCUUUUUUUUUAAUUAAACUGGAAUGAUAUUGAAUGAUAAUAACUCACAUUGCUUAAACACACCAGUAAUAUGUCUAAAAUAGGUUUAGUUCGAUGAAUAGUCCUAGCACAAAAUAUAAUAAAAUGAAGUCUUCAUCCAAAUGUUAAUCAAAUCACAAUCUUUUAAAUGUUAUCCAGAUAGCAAGUGUAAAGUAAAAGCAACGCCAAAGUUGAAGUAACGGUCCGGAAGUGAAGUAAUUGUCCGGAAGUGAAGUAAUGGUCCAGAAGUGAAGUAAUGGUCUGGAAGUAAAGUAAUAUGGUCUAGUAGUGAAGUAUCAAUGACGUUGAAGUAACGGUCUGGAAAGAAGUAGUUCUGUUCUAGUAGUGAAGUAUCAAUGACGUUGAAGUAACGGUCUGGAAAGAAGUAGUUCUGUUCUAGUAGUGAAGUAUCAAUGACGUUGAAGUAACGGUCUGGAAAGAAGUAGUUAUGUUCUAGUAGUGAAGUAUCAAUGACGUUGAAGUAACGGUCUGGAAAGAAGUAUGGUGUAGUAGCGAAGUACCAAUAAGUUGAAGUAAUGGUCUGGAAGAGUAGUUAUGGUCUAGUAGUGAAGUAUUUCCAUAGAGACAAUGAGUAAUCUUGUAUUCAGUAGUAGUUUGUAAACUUUUCCGCCGUGAAGUAGUCCUUUACAUGGGAAUAUUACAUUGUUUACAGUAGUAGUUUCUCUGUUAACUUUUCCACCGUGAAGUAGUCCUUUACAUGGGAAUAUUACAUUGUUUACAGUAGUAGUUUCUCUGUUAACUUUUCCGCCGUGAAGUAGUCCUUUACAUGGGAAUAUUACAUUGUUUACAGUAGUAGUUUCUCUGUUAACUUUUCCACCGUGAAGUAGUCCUACACAUGGGUAUAUUAUACUCUUUACAGUAGUAUCUUGUUUGUUAAUUUUUCCACUGUGAAGUAGUCCUUCACACGGGAAUAUUACACUGUUUACAGUAGUAGCUUGUUUGUAAACUGUUCCACCGUGAAGUAGUCCUUUACAUGGGAAUAUUGCACUGUUUACAGAAGUAGUUUGUUUGUAAACUGUUCCACCGUGAAGUAGUCCUUCACAUGGGAAUAUUACUCUGUUUAUAGUAGUAUCUUGUUUGUUAACUUUUCCGCCGUGAAGUAGUCCUUUACAUGGGAAUAUUACAUUGUUUACAGUAGUAGUUUGUCUGUUAACUUUUCCACCUUGAAGUAGUCCUUUACAUUGGAAUAUUACACUGUUUACAGUAGUAGUUUGUUUGUUUUCUUUUCCACCGUGAAGUAGUCCUUUACAUUGGAAUAUUACAUUGUUUACAGUAGUAGUUUGUUUGUUUUCUUUUCCACUGUGAAGUAGUCCUUCACAUGGGAAUAUUACACUGUUUACAGUAGUAGUUUGUUUGUAAACUGUUCCACCGUGAAGUAGUCCUUCACAUGGGAAUAUCACUCUGUUUACAGAAGUAUCUUCUUUGUUAACUUUUCCACCUUGAAGUAGUCCUUUACAUGGGAAUAUUACAUUGUUUACAGUAGUAGUUUGUCUGUUAACUUUUCCCCCUUGAAGUAGUCCUUUACGUGGGAAUAUUACACUGUUUACAGUAGUAGUUUGUUUGUAAACUUUUCCGCCGUGAAGUAGUCCUUAACACGGGAAUAUUACACUGUUUACAGUAGUAGUUCGUUUGUAAACUUUUCCGCCGUGAAGUAGUCCUUAACAUGGGAAUAUUACACUGUUUACAGUAGUAGUUUGUUUGUAAACUUUUCUGCCGUGAAGUAGUCCUUAACACGGGAAUAUUACACUGUUAACAGUAGUAGUUCGUUUGUUAACUUUUCGCUACAAAGUCCACAAAGUAUCUUCCAUAUUAUGUUGGACAUUUUAUUGGCUGGAGACAAUUUUUCAUUUCAUUUUGGUUUGUGAAUAAAAGGUUUGGAACCUUUGUUUUUUUAUCGUUUUUGGUAUAUCUAAAAUUCCACAGGCUGAACCAAAAGGUCCACUGUUUGUCUUCAGCAUUGGAUUAAUUAAGACAUGGAACUUCUUUUACAUAUAACAUUACAUAAAAACAAGGCACAUGCAACUGCAGCCUUUAUAUCAAUCUAUUAAUAUUUGAUGAAAUAUGAAGGAAACAAGAGCCGUCACAUUCACUGGCCAACCACUGAAUCAAGUUAAUUCCGUUUUCACUGCAAUCUAUUAUAUUGAGGACAUUGAUUUGAUAUAAUGUUUCUGAAAUUAAAAUUAAUUAUAACUUGACUCAGGUGAGCGAUUUUUGGACACAAUGACAGUUCUUGUACAUUCAAAUUUACUAUGGCCAGUUCAAUAGUCCACCAUUGGCCAUAUUGUUUAUUUUUUGUGUUUGUGAUGUUCUGACAUUUUAGAAAUAACAAUUGUGCCAUUCAUUAUCUCUGCAUUUUUUAGGAGUAUUUAAAUGUUCUAUGCAUGUAAAGAAUAACUUUUUUGUAGAAUAGCAUGUUAAGAAAUAUUUCAUGCAUGUUCAGAACUUGUUAUUUUAUAUAUUGUGAUAUUGUUGAUUUUUCAAUUGUUUCAAUCAAAUGAUUAAACAAAUAAAAAACACA